GUCACCAUUCGGUUCGUCACUCGGCCAAGGAAGCGGCAAAGAGAAGCGCCGUUGUCAUUGUAAAAGGGAAGCAGUAGCCCUGUCACCGCGAACAUGUCGAGCAAGCAGUGGAAAGCCGCAGGCGAGGAUGUCUGGAAGAACAAGACGGAGAAAGUGAACGCGGAGCUCUUCACGUUGACUUAUGGAUCGCUUGUGGUGCAGCUGAUCAAGGAUUAUGAAGACUUUGCCGAGGUCAACAAGCAACUUGAGAAGAUGGGUUACAACAUCGGCACGCGGUUGAUUGAAGACUUCCUCGCACGAUCCAACCUUGGGAGGUGUAACGACUUUCGCGAGACGGGCGAGGUGGUCGCCAAAGUGGGAUUCAAGACGUUCCUGAACAUUGUACCAUCCAUCUCGUAUUCAUCAUCGUCAUCAAAACCGGCAGAACCAUCGUCAACAGCAGCAGCGCCAGCAGGGGUAGCCGGCGGAGGCUCAGUAGCUGGGACAGACGGCGCGACGGCAGCUCCAUCAGCGCCGGCGCAGGAAUUCACCUUGACCUUUGAUGAGAAUCCUUUAGCGGAAUUUGUCGAGCUGCCACCGGAAGCAAGGGAAGGAGGGUUGUGGUACUCGAACGUAUUGGCUGGUGUCCUUCGAGGCGCACUCGAGAUGGUGCAAGUGCAGACGGAAUGCUUUUUCACAUCAGAUGUCCUGCGCGGGGACGACACGACUGAGCUCAAGGUCCGGCUCAUCCGCUACCUCGAUGAGGAAGCGCCAAUAGCAGACGACUGAGGUGUGUACGUUCACCGCGCCAUUUUCCAAGCGUUCAGAGAUCGAUCCAACAUGCUCCCAGCCCAUCCCAGACACUUUGCCGGUCAAAAUAUGGGACUCGGCCCUGGAUGCAAGGAUGUAAUGUUGAUGGAAGCUGUGUUAAGAGCGGCUUCGCUCGCGCCCAUUAGUGAUACAUGGAAUGAGAG